AUGGGUAAGAAGGGGCAGGCCGCCCCCUGACGCCCACCUACCCCCGCCGCGGUGCGCGCGAAACCUUCUCUUUCCCGGGGCGGGGGUGAAGAGGGGUAGGUAGGGCUGGAAUGGAGUCUCCUGGCAGAGGGCAUGGCUGGCCGGCUGACCAGCUGGUGUCCUGAGCAGGAGCCCUUCCCACCGCCUCUCCUCCUCCUCCCGUACGGCAGCAGCGUUCUGUCUUAUGAAUGGCUCAGCCGCGGCAGCCCAGCAGGGAAUGGAAUGGAGUCUCCUGGCAGAGGGUCUGGCUGGCAAAUCAACGUCCUGUACAGGAGCGCUCCCCGUCCUCCUUCCCGCCCCUCGUUCAAGGGCCAGCCGCGGCAGCCCAGCCCUCUACGUACUCCUUGGACUCCCGUUGCAGUUGGUGCGCAGGCUUUCUUGGGAGUAAGCCUCGCUGAGCUCCACUGGGUGGCCUUCCCAGGAAGGCUGCUUAGGGCACGUAGGACUGCAGGCGGCGCGGAGCCGAGGGGGUUAGUAGACCUGGCAUACGAUGUUCGGGGCGGUGGGGAGAGGGACGGGGAAUCGGGGAGCGGGGACCAACGUGCCCCUUUGCGAGCUUUUUGGUCGGUAAGCCACCACGCCCCUCCUUCCCCAUCUCCGGCCUCUCACUGGGAUACGGGCUUGUGGAGACAACCCCCUGAACACCUCCGUUGCGGAAAUCAGUCGUUCAUCACCGGCAUAGAGUCCCCCCCCCCCCGAAAAGAAACGGUUGAAGACUCCCCCUCUGUUCCUUGCAGAGCGAGGACACAGUUGCUUUGGCCAUGGCUGCUUCUCUCCCUCACCCUCAGGUUUGCCCUCGUCUGCAGUCUGGCCUACUCCUUCCUUUUAGAAAUCGGCCCCCUGCUCACUGAUGUUGCCCCUCUACUUUGAUCCUUUCAUCUUGUUCUCUUGCAUUUCUCUUCAUACACACCCUGCUGGCCACUUUGGUCUCAUGUCCAUUUAAUGCUGUUGCAAUCAGAAAAAUAUGGGGGGGGGCGACGUUCAAUCCCUCUUUUCUCUCUUUCCCUGCCUGCCCCCAGCUGAGACUCCUUCCUCUCCCUUCCGUGACCACGCCUACUUCCAUCUUCCCCCCACCCACCAGUACCCCCCACCGGCCAGUUGCUUUGUUUCUGGCAUGUCCGCUGCUUCAGCUCCUCUACCUGGCCCCUUUCAGGGCUGCUGCAGCAUGCCAUAAUUCCCCACACUGCCAUCCCUUCCUGCUCAAGAGAUCUGUGCUUGGCUUUGCUCAUUUCUCUGGAUGGGGAUGAUAGAUCAAGGAAAGGCUGCAACCCAUGAGGGUUUCCCCGUGGUGGUGCUGAGUGCUGGGCAGGAAGGAAGGUGAGAGGAAGGACUCUUGGCCUAAGAGAGGCUGGGAGCCCACAUGCAGUCCGAAGAGCACUUUUUCAGGGGGAUGAAGUGGGGAUGAAAACAGUCCUUGUUCGGGAAUGACAGCUGGGCUCCUUUGCAGAGCUAAGAGAAAUAUGAGGGCUCAGCCUUCACCCUGCAAGUAACAGGCAACUCAUUUUAUGUAUAAAAGUUAUAUCACAAGAAUUUGCUUUUUGCCCUCUGAGAAAGUGUGGUCCUACAGAUCAAGAUAGUCUUUUUGGUACCCUCUGGAUGCUAUUGGAUUACAGCUCCCAUCAGCCCCACUCAAUGUGGUCAGUGUUCAGGGACCACUAUCGUUGGAUGUGGUGGGAACCUGGCUAUGCCCAGCUCUGCCAUGGCAAACCAUUAUCUCUGCUCAGCAAGGCUACAGCACUGUAGAUUUUUUGAAGCACUUCACCACCAUUAUCUAAACAUGAUUAGCUACAGCUACUAUCUCAAUGUGGCUAAUGUGGGAGCUGAGUCUGAAGGAAAAAAAGAUUGGCAGUGGCCAUUGUAGGAGAUGAGAUAUUGGCGGGAGAGGGAGCUUCCACAUUUCUGGCUCUUAGCCACUAUACUUGCUCCUCUCAAAUGAGAAUGAUGGCACUUGUGUUCCAUGAUUCAGAAAAAGAUUGUGCAGCACUUUUGCACCUUAACAGCUCCUUGCUUUCUGCUGUGGCUCCACUUGACAGCUGUGGGGGAAGUUCACAGGUCUGCUGCUGGCUAAAAUGUUGAGGUGGGACAAAGGUUUCCCAGUCCUCUGACUCUGGUGUCACCAGUAGCUGGAGCAGGGGUGUAACCCUCGCCUCUGCUCUGUCUCCAGAAGUCUAUGGAAGCAAGUUUCCUUAAUGAGAGAAAGCUAUAGAAAUUCUACUAGCAGCUUCUCGAAUAAGAUUUGGAAAAAAAUAUAUAUGGCAAUUUGAUGCUCGUGUCCCAGAACUUGAAAUAUCUUUGACCUAGGAAUUGAAAAAGCUUUCCAGCCUGAGAGGGUCACUGUGUGGCUGUUUUACAGGUCUUCAGCAUCUGGAGAACUAUGAGUCUUCUUAGGUCUUCUGAUCUAAGCCCUUCUCUCUCUCUCUCUCUCGUAACAUUUGUUUUUAAUUGCAAAUAUACAUAUUGAGCACAAAUAGAGUAAGCCUUUCUCCUCUGUAGGCAUAGUUUGCCUCUGAUUCCAUUGUGUGAUUUUGGCAAGCUUGCCUUAUAAAACAGGCCCAGAGUUCAGAGCUUGCUCUCCUUUCAUGUGUGGACCACACUCUUCCCUUUUCAACCUGAAGUUUCUCUGGGCUGCUUCUCUGCUCAGUUCUUCCUUUUUCUUGUCACGUUGAUAAUGCUGCAACUUGAGGUGUGGUUUUAUAGUAAGGUGCAGUCCACCACUUCAGGUAGAGAGAAAGGUUGAGAGACUAGGCUUCAUUUUACAGUCCUCUCUGCAGGUAGUAGCACGGUUGUGUCUGCUGGCUUGCAGCCCGAGCCAUAGCCUCGUAGGAAAGUCAGGUAAUGAUACCCAUGAUGGUGAUCCAUAGAAAUCAUUGGCAUUCCAGUCACCUUACACAGAAUCUGUGUAGCUUGUAAAUCUUGACAACUUUUUUUUUUUAAAACCUCUCUUUGAUUUCUGAUAGCUUCUAUGACACUUGGAUAUGCUCUGUAAUUCUGAUGGGAAGCUGGGGGGUGGGCAGUGAGAGGAGCUGAUUUAUGGGCAUAAUGAAUACAUCUGAUACCUUGUGCUUGAGGUCUUUACGGAGGAGUUAGUCAGGUAUAGAGUUAAAAUCUUAGCUGUCAGAGAUGAAAAACUUGGCUUCCUGUGUCUUCAUGUGCAUGAAUGAGAGUGAGAAAAUGAAAGGCAGGCCAUGUAAAUACAUCCUGUGGUUUGCUUCUGGUUAUGUCUUAGUUCACGGGCAGGCUGCAUAGCACUUAACCUGAUGUGCUUUUGUGGGGUCUAUUUGGCAUUCUGAGCAUUCUGGUCUUCCUUUUAAACAUGAUUCUAGUCCUGAUUGCAGCGCUACACCCCAGAAGUAAAAAGCAGUACUGUAGAAGCAUUAUUGUUUAUUAAAUUUAUUAGUUGCUUUCUUUUUUGCCGCAGCAACUCAAAACGACUUAGAACAUUUUAAACAAAAACACAAGUUAAAACCAGUAAAGAAAAAUCUCUACAUUAAAACGCUCCAUCCAUGCAAAAAUGCCACAGAUAAUUAGAAGCCAAAGGCCUGGAUAAAGAGGAAUGCUUUUGCCUGGCACAGGAAGAUAUGUAGUGAUGGCACCAGGCAAGCCUCUGUAAAAUACAAUUGAUCAGAGCCCAAAGUAACAGAGUCAAAGUGUGCGUUUGCACACAUGCACAUAUAUUUGGGUUUGAUCUCUAAAUCCAUAUAGCAAGAUAUUUUUCCAAGGCUGGUUCACAUUUGUCAUGGGUAUCAUUUUCCAAAUAAAUGCAGUGUUUUUGCCAAUGGCUGUUGGUCUUCUGAUCUGUUUGGAUAGAUAAAGCUGCUUCAUGCUGGCUCAUCAAGCCUACUACUGUCUAAUCUGAUGACAAGGAAUGUGGAGACCUCCAGAUGGUGUUGGGCUAAAGCUCGUAUUAGCCCCAGCUAGCACAGCCAGUAGUCCAGUAUGAUGGGGGUUAUAGUCCCACAAUAUCUGGAGGGCAUCAUGUUUGCUGUUCCGUCUAGCAUGCAGCUCUAUGGUUUCUUCCCUUCCUAGCCUUCUAAUCGAAGGUGCUAACUAAAGAUUGGACCUGGGACUUACAUGCAAAGCAUGGACUCUGGCCUUGAGCUAUGGAUCUCCUCUACGGACAUGGCAAGCAUAGCGUGUGCAGAUUGCAGGUGCAGAUACUGAGCAAGAUGCUCAUGUACUUCUAUUUCAGUGCAUUAGCUCCACACGGGGUCCAGAGGGUGGCAACACAAGAACAGGCCUUUUCUGUGUUGCCUCCGUUUGUGGAAUGCUCUCCCCAGGGAGACUCACCUGGCACCAUGGUUACAUAUCUUUAGGUGCCACCCAAAAACAUUCCUCUGUUAAUGAUCUAUGGCUUCUUAAUGCUAUGUGUGUUAAUAUAUUUUCUCCUUUGUUUUAAUUGUAUGCAUGUGAUUUUUUUUGAUUUUUUUUUUGUAAAUCACUUUGAGUUUCUUGUAGCAAGAAAAAGGGACAAAUACAUUUUCUUAAUAAUAACAAUAAUUAUAGCUCCUCAAUGAGAAACUUUGGUGACUGAUAGCACAGAAACCUGUCCUUCUUGAAACAGGUGCCUGACCCAGGACGGGUGUGCACAGGUCAGUGGUUCUGUUUGGGCUGCUAUUAAUUUGCUCUAGAAGAGGCAGCAACCAGAUUAAUCAUUGCCCCCUGUGGUUCCCAACCCCCACCCCACAGACCACUUGAAAAGUGAUGCAGGUCUUGGCGAACCACGUGAUGUUUCUGCCUGUUGUAGUAAUUGUAAUAUGCUGUGCUAGACACUGGGUUUUUGGUUUUUUUGCAUUGCUUCUUUUACUUCUCAUAUUUGGGUUUUAUUGUAUUGCAAUUUGAAAUCAAAUGGUAAAAUACAAUGUAAGAAAUAAGAGAAGCAAUAAAAAUACGAUUAAAAACAAGUAUGAAUGUUGAAUGUGAUGGAUUGCCGCUGUCCUGUCUUCAGCCACAAAUCCACAGCCACACCUCAAACCACCUGACAGGGCUCAGAGAUUGCUGGUGGUCCACAGACCACAGUUUGGGAACCCUUGAUGUAUCUGUUCUUCAGGAAUCCCCAAGUGGCAAAGCUAAGGAAAUCUAGGUUCACUAGUCGGGCCCAGAACAAUUUAACUUCACAUAACUUCAGACCCCUUUUUUCCGGGCCUGGAGUCCUUUGUCAUGGACAAGCAGUUGUGUCCCCUCACUCGUGCUUGGAAAGGUCUGUUUGCUCCAUAUGCCUGUGUCUUCCAUAUUGCUUUCUGCCUGUCAUCUGGCCCACAGAGACCAUGUUUUCCCCUGAGGAUUGGUUUUUCAGUGAGUUUCUCCUCUAAAGUUCCACAUGAGGCUACAGAGCAGAAAGGAAAAGUGUCCUGCCCCAUCUUUCAACCAAGAGGCCGAGGGCUGUUUGGGGGUUUGUGCUUGCUGUUGGAAUCUUUUGUAAGUUGUCUUGAGACUAAUUCAAUCAAAAGGCAAGUUAUAAAUAAAACAGCAAGGGACUUCUGAGAAGAAGGCCUUCCCUCCCUUUCAAACUCCAUUGGUUGAAGUGCCCAUUUAAAACUGGCUUCUGGCUCUGAGGAUGAAGGUUUUGGAAGAGCGCAGCUGUUAGGUAUCAUGACUAGGCUGGCUUACUAUUCUGGAGUGCCAUGGCCUUCCUCCACUCGCCCCAAUCUCCUUAUCCGUAUGACCAAAUGUGGGCAAGCCUUGUGGCUUGCUCUGAGCUAAACUUGCCAAACCCACAUAGCUGGCAUACCUUCGGCCAGUGAACGGCGCUAAAAUAAGUUUGACCAGCGAACAGCCCACUGGGUUGCUGAUGUCCCAAGGAAAACAGAGUUUUUUGCCUUUGAGCAACAACUGGGGCAUGUGUAAAUAUUAUUUUGGGGAGACAUUCUGCAAUUUUUCUGGAAACAUUUAAAUUUAUUUCUCUCCCCCCCCCCCCAGCUGCUCUAAAUCUUUGGAAAUCUGAUUUAGCAUGUUUGUUUGCCUAAUAGUGCAAUUCUAACAAUGUCUGCUGGGGCUUACUCCCAGGUAAGUGGGGUUAGAAUUACAGUCUUACAGUUUUGUUUGUUUGUCUUGUUUAUUAACCUAUCAUGUUCCUUUUUUGAGCUGUAAGUUUCCUCCCCAGCCCCUGUAGCCCAAGUCAGUGAGCUGAAAUUUUGGGUUGUGGGAGACCAAUAAAGUGCUGUUAGCGUGGCUUAAGUGUUAUAGUUGAAAAAAAAUCAAAACUUUACUUGGAAAACAUUUUUAUUGACAUACGCAGAAAUACAUUAAGACCUGACAGCUCAGUAGCAUAUGCUUCCCACAAAUCAUUGGAUUUUAACAUCACAUUUCUAUGUCUGCUUCUGCAGAAGUGAGUCCCAUUAAACACAGUGGAAUUUACUUUUUAUAAAGUGUAUUUAGGAUUGCAGCAUGAAGGGAAAAUGAAGGAUCCGAAGACUGUUAACGUACUCAUUUUAGAAUGUCUGAAGAGCUCUGUGCAUAAAUAUAUGUGCUUCCUAAGUAUAGUCACCUAAAUAUCAUACAAUUAAAACAUCGAUUUUAGGUUUGAGUGGUAUUGUAUCUGUCCCAGUUGCCCAAUCUGAGUUGUGUCUGUUCAUUAUAUUACCAAUCUUAUGAAGUAGUGCAUUUCUAAAAGUGGAACGUUUUCCUUUGAAAAAAGUAACGGUGGGAAAUUUCCUACCCAGCAUUACUACUGGGUAGAAGAACUUUGCACUGAGUUUUUUUGUGUCUCUGUGUAAUGAGUAUGUCAGCAUACAUACAACUUUUUUGCUUUUACCAAGGUGAGCUCCUUUGAGAUUUUGACUGAUGGAAAAGUCUUUGCCCUCUGACGAACCUUCUUAUCACAGCCUUUAGCCUAUCAGUGAAUGGGAUCUGAUCAAAGUACAUACAGUGGUACCUUGGGUUAAGUACUUAAUUUGUUCCGGAGGUCCGUUCUUAACCUGAAACUGUUCUUAACCUGAAGCACCACUUUAGCUAAUGGGGCCUCCUGCUGCCGCCGUGCCGCCGGAGCACGAUUUCUGUUCUCAUCCUGAUGCGAAGUUCUUAACCCGAGGUACUAUUUCUGGGUUAGCGGAGUCUGUAACCUGAAGCGUAUGUAACCUGAAGCAUAUGUAACCUGAGGUACCACUGUAUUGGAUUGGUCAGACAGGGGCAACCAGAGGUUGGCACUUUCCUUGCAUGGGUUCACCAGUAAGGUGUUUAAUAUUUGUGUCAUCAUGGAUCAAACCUCUUGUUUAAAUAUCUUUAUCACCUUUGGGGUCAUCAGUUAUGUAGCAGCGCAACAUGCAAAAACUGCACGUUCCUGCAGCUGAGUUAUGGUUGGAAGUGUCAGUGUGACAAAAGGCUGAAAGUGAGACCUGUUUGCUAAUCCCAUUUUUUAUUAGUCACCAAAGAACACUUUGGGGGUGUAUUUUCAGUGGCAUAAUGGGGCAUCAAGCUGGAGUUCCGUUGGCGGUGAGAGCUACCAAACAGUGAGCAGGACUUUGCUAAGAAACAUAUACACAGUUGUAGAUAAUCCUGUUCUGUGUUUUGGGUGCUUUGUGGCAGCAUGCAGUGAUUAUCAGGGCUAGGAAAGUAUCACUGCAGUGCAGAGGCAUUGGAAUGUUGUGAUACUUUUCGGUACCAGAGUAUCUCCCAACUGUAGGUGCAGGUUAGACUGAUGAGAUGUAGAGAACUGAACAAGAUAUACCUGUAUGUGUGUUUGUGUGUGUAGUGGAGAGGAUAUUCUCUUGCAUGCUGCUCAGGGUUCUCUUGCAGAGGAUUAGAAGGGGACUAGGGGGUCACUUAGCCCAAUCCCCUUUACAGCAGAUACAGCAUCCCUGGCAGACAACUGGCAGUCUCUGCUUAAACAACUCCAACAGAGGUGCCCAUCUCUGCCCAAGGUAAUAUUACCACUAGGGCGUUCCUCCUGAUGUUUAGCUGAAAUCUUCUUCCCUGUCAUUUCCACCUCUUGAUACUCGUCCUUCGUAAGAUGUCUGUGCACAGUGGUAAGCAAACCAGGCCUUCACCGGUCUGUCCUGACUGGUGACAACGAGAGAGUUUCAUCACAGCUCUGAAAUCUUCCAGGUCCUAUCUUGUGAACAUGAAUACUCCAAAAUCUACAAGCUACUCCACCUGCCCAGCUGGUAAAGAAAAGGUCUCACCAGAGAUUUCCUAUCAUACAUGGAGAUAUCCAUCUCCAAAUAUCUGAAGGGCUGUCACGUGGAAAAAGGAGCAAACUUGUUUCCUGCUGCUCCAGAGGUUAUGACCCGCAUCAAUAGAUUCAAAUUACAAGAAAGGAGAUUCCGAUUAACAUCAGGAAGAACUUUCUGAUGGUAAGAGCUGUGGAACAGACUCCCACAGAAGUUGGUGGAGUUUUUUAAGCAGAGGUUGUGUGGCCAUCUGUCAGGGAUUCUUUAGCUGUGAUUCCUUCAUUGCAGGGGGCUGGACCUAGAUGACCCUUAGAGUUUCUCCCAACUCUACAAUUGUAUCAUUCCGCAAGGCCACCUUGGAUAGAACUUUAAAUCCAAAUCAGACCUUCUGGUCCUGCCAGUCUGUCCCCUCCAUUUCUGGAGCAUCAGAGAAGAGAUAUGGCUUCCUAAGCGCCGGAGAGGUAGUUGUGUGAUGUAUAGCACCGGCGGUACUUGGGUAAGGCCAGUCUCAUUUGUGCCCUGCCUUUCCUCUUACCCCUCCCCUCCCCUCUGCUUCUGGCUCCUACUGGGCUGGUUAUAUGAAUUGAUUGGUAUGGUGCAUCUUGAGCCCUGUUCACAUGCUAUUUAAGCGUGUAACUUAGCACGUGAGAAGCUUGUGGGGAGGGUGCUAGCUCUCCCCACCCCCAUUUUCAAUGCUUUCCACUAGUGUUCCAAAAUGUACAGAGACAAGAGGCUUCUGUCUACAGACAGCCUCCCUUCAAUUUGUGGAAAGUGAUGAAAACAAGCGGGGGGCACAGCUACUGUGUUUGUCAUGCGGUAACCUGCAUGCUUAAACAAUGCCUGAGUAGGGCUCUAAUCUCUAGUUUUCCAAAUUCCCUGGUUCUUCUGUUUUCCAGCCGCAUCAGCCUUUGUUCAGGGCUGAAAAAACUCCAGACGCCUGAUGAUAGGUAUUUGAUUCUGGUGCCUAGAAAGCCUAAUACUGAAAUAGGCCUAUAAACAUAAUGCUGGCACCAAAAAGCCAGAUGAUGUCACCUAAGACCAACCUUCACCCACCUGGUGCCCUCCAAAUGUUUUGGGCUACAACUUUUCCUUAGCCCCAACCUCUUUUAUAGUCCCAGAGUGGGCUUGGUGAAGCCUGCUUAAGUCUUUUAAAUAACUUGCGCACCUUUGGUCAUCUGGAUGGUGAAGGCUGUUAGAUAGAGUUCCCUGGUCCAGGGCAGAUUCACAUUGGCACACUGCCUAUCCAAGAGAGCUUUUUAAAAAUACUUACUUACUUACUUACUUAUUUUUAAGCCUGCCUCAACUUUGUGCAUCUUCUGUAUGCUGACGGUCCCAUGCACAAUCCCUAGCAUGUCAGGGCGCUCACCAGCAUGCACCGUGUCUCCACUACAGCUGCCAGAAGGAUAUUGGAAAUUUCCACUUCCAUUUUAAUCUUCUGAACUCCAUAGUUAGUUGAAACAAGUCAGUUUCAUAAACUGUGGCUUUAAGCUGCCUUUUCCCCAUUGACGUUUCUUAAGGCUAACCACAGUUUGUUGGGGUUCAGGCAGCCCAGCAAGCUAUGCUUAACCUAAAAAGUAAGCCAAACUCCCUGCCGCUUCUCUGUACCAAAGGCUGGGGAGGGGAGGGGCUGGCUGCAAUGCCUGCUUGUAAUGCAAAACUUUGGUUUAGGUUUAGAUUUACAUCCACACCAGGUCAUCUUCUGUAUCCCAUAUCCGUUUUCUUACUUCCCCUGCAGCAGAUGGCAUUGUCAUCAAGAACCACUCUUGCCAUGCUCCUCUCUUUAUUAGGAAAGAUUUCCUUCUAAGGACGCAUCAAUAUUUAUUGGGUGGGACUGCAGGCUUGUCUCCUCAUUCCUAGGCACAUUUUUUUCUCCAGGAAUUGUUUAGGGUUGGGGAACCUGUGGACCUCCAGUUGUUGUUGUACUCCUGCCCACAUCAGCCUCAGCCAAUGAUUAAGGAGGAUGAGAGUUAAACUCCUCACUCUCUCCCUGCAGUGCUUUAUCUGCCGUGCUGCCUCUCUUCUCCCUAACAGCAACCACAGACACCCUGAGAGCUUUGAGGGCUAAAAACACAGUUCUCCUUGUGUGGCUUUGCCGUCAUCCUGAAUAGCUGGGCUUUGCGGCAUCUUCAGCAUCUCUGAAACAGGGUUUCCUUGCACAGAACUUGCAGGCCAGUUGUGUUGCAGAUUUUGGAAGCCAAGAGGAGGCGGCCAGAGGGUGGGCUAUGGUUCAGUAACAGAAGGCGCUGCGCUUGGCUGGCUGCUCCUUGCAGGCCACGCAGAGUGGAAUGAAGCAGAUGUUUACUUUUCCUCUUCGGAGGCAGCCAGAUCCAAAGCUGGGGGCCAAAGUGCAGAGAACAGCUGGCUUUGAAUCAGGCUGCAGUGUUGCUGCCUUUCCCAGCCACGUGCUUGUGCUUUUGGCAUCACAAUACCGACAUUUUGGCACCUAGAAAAGCUGUGUCCUGCAACCUGGCUAAAUUCUGCCAGUUAUAUAUUUUUCUCUGUCUCUGCUGAUGGUUGCAGCUCAAACCCCAGGCAGUAGCAGUGACUGCUUAGCUCUACCCACCCACCCCAACUUUGAAUGUCUUUACUGGGCAUAGAUUUCCUCAUGGAUUAUUGUGAGUGCAAAAAAUACCUUUAUAUUAAAAAAAAUAGUGGAGAUUUUCCAGGUUGCUGAAUUCUGUGCUGCGUUUGGGUGAUCUGACAUACGUUGCUGCUCUCAGCCCUCCUGCAUUGACUGGUGCUCUAUGGAGUCUUUGCUGUUGAGUUUAUGAUUCUCAGACUGGAAGAGAUGGGCAGGCAAAGCUGGCUAGGGAGACCUGUUCUUGUGUACCAAGUAAACUCAGAGAGGCGAAUGGGAAUGUGUUGUAAGAUUUUGGAUGGCUCUUUUGGUAUCCCACAUUCUCCCCUUUGACCGUAAUAAGGCAGUGCCCUUCUGCCUAUUCUCCGCAUGAACAAACAAAUCUUCUUCUCCCAUAAUCUCUGCCACCAAGUAUCAGCUGAAGGCAGGUGACAGCAGCUCUUGGAGGGUUGGCUGAGCCCACAGUUUCACCAUAGCUUCUGUGUAUUUGUUUUAUCAGUGAACUUUCACAGGGUGAGAAGCCUGAGGGAGAUCCCGGCCAGAUUCCCCCAUGGGCUCCCUUUGUUCCUCUUUUGACAGAACAUCAGCCACUGCUGGGAGAUCCCCUUGGCCCCUUGCCACCUGGGCGGCUCUCUGUCCUGGCAAGGCUGCAGCAACAGCUGACAUUUCAAGUUUGAUGACAAAUGGUGCCCGCCAGGAGUCUCCAGGGAGAAGUGACUCAUCUCCUCUGCAUGCCUAUCAACUUCAGCAGCGUGGGAACCUCUCUCGUAUUUCCCCAUCGUGUCACAUUAUGCUCAGUUGCUUCAGCCUUGGGUGGGUGGUCCUGUGCGCCGGGGGCUGAGCAGGCUCACAGUCCCCAAUUUGAAAUCCCUCUUGUGUUUCCAAAGGCCACCCUCAGCCCUAUUUUCCUGGAUGUGUGUAGGGUGAUGCCCCUUAAGGAAGGUGAAUGUGCUUUCAAUUCAGCCACCAUUCCUUAGGCUCUUGGCUCCAGAAGCUGCAACGUGGGCAGCUUCACUGCCACCCCUUCAGUUUGUGGCCACUGCCGGUUCAUAACGGGAGCACCUGGGCCUUUUUACAUCUCAUCCUAUUUGACUCAACCUUAGAGGCGGUGUUCACAUUAUUGGUGCUUUUCUGUUCUUGUAUGAAAAGUGUAAAUGUGCUUGGAUUUUGGCUGUGAUUGACAAAGCAACAGUCCUACAUAACAAGGCUGGGACAGCUGCUGCAGCUGAGCUUGUUUUAUCUGUGGAUCACUUGAGGCCAGUCUGGUGUCUGAUCCUGGGCAUUGGGCAGGCACACAGUUAAUUUCUCUUAGCCUUUGGUUUGCCUGUAUGUUUCAUCUGCGACCUUUGCCCAGGGUGGGCAGUAUCUGGUGGCUGUGAGUGCAUGGCAAAGGCACAAGGGAUUAAGAGGGUUGCACAGCCAUCUUUUCCCAGGGGCUGUCCCUGGCAGGGAUGGAAUAAAGUGGGAGAGAGUUGCAUUUAUUGACUUGAGGACAGUGUUCAGAAUUAGCCAGGCACCAGUCGCACUUUGCACCCGGCUAUGGAGCACUUGCGACCAAGUGAAGAUGCCAGGAUGGUGCCUGACAUCUCCAUCAUCUGGGGAUCAUUGUAUCUGGACUGUUUUCACACACUAAUACCCCAUCCUGUAGAAUUCUAUCACUUAUUUUUUAUAGGCACAAUUAGAAUGAAUUUCUGGAACCAAAAUGCUUUUUCUGUGCAGCUUGAUCAGGAGCAGUCACUAUUAAGAAAAAGGUUGGAAUAAGCCAGUAUAUACAUGGACUGUCUCUGGAUCAAGUGGCUUUUCUUCUUUAAGUUCUCAAAGUUCUUAACCUAGCUCAAGGUUGUCAUCUGAACUAGCCAGAUGUUUAAAUGAGAAUCAAUCGCAGUCAGUCCAUUGUUUGAAGAUUAAGACAUUUUACCCCAAAACGGCAACUAGACAUUCCAUUUUGGCGACUGUAACCUUGGUUUAAGGAGCCAUUUGGCGCCUGGCUUAUAUAUCUGAGUUUCUAACACUGCUCGAGGAAUCACCUUCGCUCCUAGAGCUGGGGUCACUGUUUUAGGACCAUUUUGAAUUUUGAGUGAGUACUGUAGGUGCCAUUCAGAAAAUAGCUGUUGGCAGGGAGGCACAUAACACAAAAUUAGAGAGACAUGCCAACCUUAUGCUUACUAUGGGAAGUCAGCCAUGUUUUGUGGAUCCUGAGUUUGGAGAUCAUGCAAUACUACUUUCUCUUUCUCUCUCUCAAGGUAGCCUAGGAUAUGUAGGAGCAUUACAGAGGGAAAGACUUGAAGGUCAGGGGGCUCCCUCAGGGCCUCACAAUAAGUGUCUGCUCUCUUUCCCCAGAACUCAGAAUGAACCAGCGAGUGUCCGACAGAGGGGGCGGGGAAACGUCCACCAAGGCUUUCUGCCCGGGAAUUUCCAGCAGCAACACCAAGCGGGCAGGACCUUUCAUUCUCGGUAAGCAGGAACAGAGCCUGUGAUCUGCUGCAUUGCACCUGGCAAAGGCAGGCUGCAACCUACCCUGUGCUUACACUGCAGCUGGCAUGCUGAAUGCAUGUUAAUCAAAUGUGCAUAGAGCUUGCAGUGGGCACAAUUAAUUCUCUGGCAACAUGGUCAUAUUCUGCCCACCCCUCUGGCAUCUGAGAUCCCUCCAUAUUCAAGCUUAUUUUCACAGCCAGGUGGCUUAGGAGCUUGUUUUUUUUCUAAAUUUGGGGAAAGGGGGAAUAGGUAAGGUUCUGAAGGAGAGCUCUGUCCCUGGUACCACAUUGGUGCUCCUCGGUAGCACACAGUGUUGCUCACCUUACAGCUAAGUCACUGCUGCUUACUGGGAAAGUAGGAGGGGUGAGGUGGUGGGGAGGUCAGUGCUGUGCAAACACACCGGCAGGGAUGCUGUAUUGUCUCUGCUCCUGGCGACCUCCUUGCCCCUCCCACUCUCCCUCCUGGUAAGCAGCAGAGACUCUGCUGUCGUCAUUCAAGCACUGCUCCACAGAUCUGGCCCUGACUUAGAGCACUACCUUUCUCCUUUUGGUGGUUUGCUGUGUCCAGUGCCCAAUCCUGGCCACCUUGUUUCCUUGUGAUAUAGCCCAAGUGCAGCCUCCAAAGGUCCUGUGAUGGUUUAGACUAGAUGGCUGGCAACCACUGAGCAGCAGGAGGGCUUGCGCCAAAAGUGAAAAACAGCCAGGCUCUUCUGGCAUGUGUGACGUUUCUGCCGUGAUCCAAUUCUGGAGGAGGUGUCCUUUCUUGUAUCUCCUUAAAAAGACCUAAAAUGCUAUUAAAAUGUAGGUAUGUUUUAUCUCUGUUUAGAUGUGCAAUCAAGAAGAAUAGUAAUUUAGUUCUAAGUUACCUGAUACCAUUCCGUCUUUAUAUUUCCUUAUUCAGAUUAAUUUCAGGUUGGUACAUACUAAAAUACCAGUCAAUAGCACCAAAUACACUUAAACCCACUACAAUGCUAAUAUAAUAAGCUGCAGUAUGGUCCAGGAUUAUAAAUGCAGUCAUUAACCGUAAUCACUUAAAUUAGUUUGAAUGGAUUAUAGCAGUUAAUAUCUAAUCCAUAUCUGUUCCUCAUAAAGUUUAGAAAUAAUGUUCAGUGGUGAUGAAAACUUUGUCCGUCUGUCCCCCAGCCUGCCAUCUCUUAACUGAAUGUUCUCGGUAAUCUUGGCAAUUUCCACAAUAGUCCAAAUCUCGAGCAAUCACAUUUUUGUUGAUGUGACAAAAACGAUUGACUCUCUGCUUUGCUGUAAUCACCAUUUUUGCAGCUGACAAUAGUUUUCACACUAGCCCCUAAUUUUCUUUCUUUACUGUGUCAUUCACAUAACCUACUGACCUCAAGAGAGGAUCUAGUGGCAUUGUGUAACCUCAUGUUAGGCAUAAUGUGUAGUUAGCUUGUUUUGGAAAAGGAUUUAAUUUACAAGCAAGCUCACCAUCUGUGGUAGAAAUUAGCCAUAUUUUGAGUACAGCACCGGCCAUGAUCUGUGGCUUUUUAAAUAUUCUAAACUGCCUGUCUGGGGUCAGAUACCACUUACAUAGUUUAAUGAUUCUCUCCUUUUCCAACAGAUGGUUUGAGGUGGAUCUCUUGCAAAUAUAAAGUGCCAUAUCUGAUAUGAUAUAUCUGAGCCAUUCAUUUCUCCCUAGGCUUCUUAAAAGCUAUUACAAGUACCAUGCAAAUUUUAAUCAUAUACUGUACAUUUUUUUUACUUCUUACCAUGAAUUUUUGACACCAGAUUAUUUGAACUACUGGAUUAGUAUGACAGUACUUCAAACUCUUACUAUUUUUAGAAAUACACUGUACAACUGUUGAGAUGUAAAUAUUGGAGCCAAAAGAGCGGUUUCCUAAUUUUUCAAGCAUAUCUGUUCCACUCACUUCACUAACACAAAGGGAGACAGUAAAGAUAAUCCUGGACUUUUUUUUUUUAAUUAAAAAAAACUGUAUCCCAUACUUCCUAAGUCACACAAACAUCAUUUAUGUGGCCGCUGUUUUCUGUUUCUCUUCAUCAACCCUCACUUGGGGCUGCAAAGCAUUUGGGCCUCCAUGCUCUGAAGCUCUAUGUGACUUACGAAAAGACAUGUAAUCCAUUUCGGGCAGGGAAAGGGAACUUCCUGAUAAUCAGGGUCGGCAGCUGAACUGCCAGCAGUGAGCAGUGUAGGUGAUGAGUCAGAAGAAGCAAAGUCCAUUGUUCUCCUUUUGCCUUCUCAGGGCCUCGCUUGGGCAACUCCCCCGUGCCGAGCAUCGUCCAGUGUUUGGCAAGGAAGGAUGGGACAGAUGACUUUUACCAGCUCAAGGUAAACACCAAGCAGGUGGAAUCCGUUUUUCUGGAGAAGAGCUGGCCAGGUUGCGCAAGCAUCGGCAGCUGCUGCAGUCUGUGGCCUUGUUCCUUCUGUGAUGGUCAGCCUUUAAACCGCUGACACCACAGCACAAAGUGCUGCCAGGGUGCUGCAGCUCUGCUCAAGUCCCCAAAGGUCGGGCACCAGGGUUUCCUUGGUCCAGCUGUAAAUAUUCCAAGCACAGAGUUUGAUGUUGGAGCUUGUUGACUUUCAAGAAAGAAAUGCAAUAUAUGUGUAUGUGUGUGUGUGUGUUUUCUUUUCUUUGCCUGCUUUCCCCAAAGAUCCUUACCUUGGAGGAUAGGAAUGACAAAGGCACGGAAACCCAGGAGGAGCGCCAGGGCAAGAUGCUACUCCACACAGAGUACUCGCUUCUCUCCCUCCUGCACAACCAGGACGGGGUGGUCCACCACCAUGGCCUUUUCCAGGUAAGCACAGCCAUCCUGGGCACACUGGAGUUCUGUAUCCCUGCCCAGCCCAACCGGUUGCAUUUUCUAUCAGCUUUUGCCCUUUAGAGAGAUGUGGGGCCUAUGUUCCUCAAAAGACACUGCACACCUAUCCAGCCACUCUUGUGACCGUGAUUGCCCCCAUAUUUGCUUCACUUAUAUGUCACUCUAUUGAUAUUAUAGUGUUUGCAACAUGAUCCACCCCCCCAAAUGCUAUUAUGAUUAUUAUGAGCUGCUUUGAGCUCAGCAUCUGUUAUCUGAAAAGUGGAAUAAAGUAUCAAAUCAGAUCAGAUCAAAUAUAUUUUAAAGCUGCUUGCUGAGGCUGCCAGUGCCACAGUGACUUCAUGUUUUGCAAUCAUAUUGCAACAAUGAAAUGUCACUCUGUUCAGGCUUUGCUACAGUCUUCAAGUUCUUCUGACUGUAACUUGUUUUACCCGGUUUUAAUAUAUUUCCAUGGUUGUAACCCACCCUUGGACUUUAUGGUGAAGGUAAGAAAUUGCAGUUCAUAAUACAGACUGCGGGUGACCCAAACUGAAGUGUUUAGGAAGCUCUUCAGUGGAACAUUUAGCAGUUCAGCCUUUUGAGUCUGUGGCACAUUAGUGGGAAGAAUUCCAGCACACUUCCAGCAAUAAGGCCUUUUCUCAGGCCCCCCACCAAACACACACAUCCAUCCAUGUAAAUUCAGCACAUGACUGGAGAAGGUGAAUGGGCCAGACCUGCCACACAUGCUGCUGUUGUGCUGGUGGAAAGAGACCUUUUUGGAAAGGAGACUUUUGAAAUAGAAGGGUAGCAUCAGUAUUAGUCAUACUUGGAAUAUACCCAUUGAAGUUAAUCGACAUGACUGACUUAGGCCCAUUAAUUUCAGGGGGUCAACUCUGAGUAUACCUUAGUUUCCUCCAACCCCAAAACCAUAACUGGGCUCUUUAUUUCAUGUCUGUGAUCAUGCAGGUGUAGAGUUUGGGGUUGGCUGUGACCUCUCGUGCCAAGGAGUGGUGGCCUAGAUAGGGGUUUUGACUUUUGGGAGCCACACAAGCAGCAAGUAUGGGGGUCAGCCACUGAUGGAUGGAAAGGCCAGUUUGGCACCAUCUCUCCCAGAUUAAAAUGACACCUUCCUCCAUCCUUGUUGGGGCUGCAGGACCGAGCCUGUGAGCAUGUGGAAGACCUGGAAUCCAACCGGAUGGUGCGUAAGAUGAAGAAGCGCAUCUGUCUGGUGCUGGACUGCCUCUGUGCCCAUGACUUCAGCGACAAGACAGCCGACCUCAUCAACCUGCAGCACUAUGUCAUCAAGGAGAAGCGCCUCAGCGAACGGGAGACCGUCGUGAUUUUCUACGACGUUGUGCGGGUAGUGGAAGCCUUGCACAAGGUAGGGUGUCUCUGCUUGUCUCAGGGAGCUGUGAGGAAGAUGUGGGGCCCUUGUGGGGUUUUGGCAGCCACAUGACUGUGAGGGAGGCUUGGUGCUUUGGUGGGGGGCAUGGCGUCUGCCGAUGCUGAGCUAGAAAGAGUUUUGUGCAAAGCAUCUUCUUAUAUCCAACUUAGCUGGUGCAAAAGUCUUCAGGUCAUAAAUGGCCAGGUGAAAUGAACAAGGGAUCUUGAUCCACUCCAUUUUCUGCAAGCACAACUUUAGGGUUGGGGGGAUUGAAUUAAGCAUUUAAGUUUCUUAUCUUACCAAAUAAUCUACUUUGUUCUACAGUGGUACCUCUGCUUAUGAACUUAAUUCGUUUGAGAGAUCCAUUCUUAACCUGAGGUACCACUUUAGCUAAUGGGGCCUCCCACUGCCACCACCGCACCACUGCUGCGCGAUUUCUGUUCCCAUCCUGAGGUAAAGUUCUUAACCCGAGGUACUACUUCCAGGUUAGCAGAGUCUGUAACCCGAAGUGUUAGUAACCCGAGGUACCACUGUAAUAGUAUAAAUUCCCUCUUGUCUUUCUAGAAGAACAUUGUGCACAGAGACUUGAAGUUGGGGAACAUGGUGCUGAACAAAAGGUGAGCCUCUUUUGCAACUUUAAGUCUGGAACAUUAUUUGCAGCUGGUGGGAUUUCUGCGGAUUGAGGUGGCACGCCAAAGAAAGUUAAGCUCCUGUGUGUGCUGGGAAACACCUGCCAAGAAAGCUCCUGCUUUUCAGUCUGUGCAUCCACACACAAAUCAAACAGCAACCUUAGAAGGCGGUGUCUUGUUUGCCUGUUUUUCCCUGGAGAAAGCACUUUGGCCUUCCUUAGGAGUUUAGCGAGGUCACAGGAGAAUGAAACUGGAGGAGGGAGGCCAUGUCAGUCUCAUCCCCCUAGACAUCUGAUGCAGGAACAUGUGUUGCAGCCUUGUCAUUUGUGCACCAGUUCAGGGUUGACCUCAUAAGAGCCUCAAGUGAGACGAGGCCAACUAGUUUUAUCAUCAGAGUGUAACUUCCAAUAGCUGCCACUGCCCUCUCCCUUCCUUUGCUCCCAGACAACUCAGCAUCACAGUGAGGAAUGCCGCUGACAGCUCCAUGCACCCCUUUAAACAAGAUGUUAUGUCACAUCAGUAGGUUUUGUAUCCAUUGCUUGCACACACUCACAUGCUCCGCAUAAUGUGACUCACGUUUCUGGCAAGACUUUGCCUGUUCAAGCCUCUGCCACCCACAAGCACAAGUUAUAUCUGUUCUGAAACGUACAAGACAUACAUGUGGCUUCAUGUCUGGCUUGUGAGCUUCUUGGAGAUACUUAGCUGCUGCAUUUGGAAAAAGGAUACUGGGUUAGAUUAACUUUCUGGUAUCACCCACUAGGGCCGCUCUUAGACUCCUAAAAAUGAAAUGCAACAGUUUUCUAGAGCAGCCGUUCCCAACCCUAGUGCCUUUCAGGUGUUUGGGACUGCAUCUCUCAUAACCCUUUAAUGUUGGCCAUUGAGUGGGGCUGAUUGGAAUUAAAGUCCUAAAGUUUUGGAGAGUACCAGGAUGGGGAAAGGUGUUCUAGGGAGUUGGGGAUGAAUGACCCUGAAAAAGGAUCUGGUUCGCACCUGGAAGGUUCUCUGAGUUCCAGCCCUGCAGUUGAUUGUCUGAAGUGAUAUCCGUGGCUCAAAGUGCCUUUCAUUGACUUUGGCUCUUUUACCAAGAAUGAACCCUUCCUGAGUAGGCCUUAUCCCAGGGAUCCAGCAGUGUUUUGCAUUCAAGGUGGCCACAAGGCCAUGUUCUUGCAGGCAUGUUCUUGUUUCUGUUGCUACCGCUGCAUUAAAAGCGCAUCAAAUGGCCUUGUGGAGUGAGAGGUGUGAAGCAGGCAAAUAUCUGUUGAGCAACGGCCUGGUAGUGCAGAAAUGCCCUUUGGGUGGCCCUCGCUCAUCCAGGAUCACAGUGAGGCAAGUGGUGCCAUUUAUUGCUCCUUCCUGAUCCCCUGUGGGAUGAGGUCAGUUUUUGGCUGCCUGAAAACAGCCAUUCAUACAUUUCACAGCUGAAGCACCUUGGAUGCUGAUCUCCUGAUGGCUUCAUUGCCAAGAAAACAUUGUCGUCUGCCAGGAGGACAUGGCGGAUGUUUAUGAGCUGAGGCCAUCCUCCACCCCUCGCUCACAGGAGAGUCAUCAGGAGCUGGCUGUUUGGAAUGCUGACUUCUUUCUUUCUUUUAAAAAAGUCUCAGUUAAUUUAGCCAAAGAACAUCCAGGCCUGCUGAUUCUUGUGCAUUCAGGCCUCUUGCUCCAUCGUCCCUCCCUCCCACUCCCAACUUGUCAAAAGUCUGCUCAUAUUUCUUGAGUGAAGGUCAAUAAAUCUGGCACAGAUGAUCAAAACCUUUCAGGGGAGUGCCAGACCCCCAACUCCCAGGGGGUUAAUGAAACUUUUGCCAUCUUAGUGCUCUCCGCAUUUGUGGAGGACUGGAGGGUGUUUUAGUCCAAAACGUCUGGAGGGCAUCAAGUUGGUGAAAGCUGAAUCAGGGUUUUGAGGACGAUUCUUCACACUCUGAACAUCAAAGUUAAAGCUGAACCUGAGUUCACAAAUUUAGAUAAAUAGGCAGCGACAUAUUUAUACAGUGCUUCUCCAAGUUGCUCAGGCCAAUGUACAUGGUCUUGCAUCCAUACACCCACAUGCCCUUGCCAACUACCGCAUGAGGUAGGCUAGACUGGGAGUUACUCACUGGUCUUAGGUCACCCAGAGAGCUUUGCAGCUGAAGGGAGGGUUUGAAUUUGUGUCUUCCCAGCUAAUCUGCUGCACCACAGUGGCUCUGAAUAAUUCUGAUGUGUAUGUCAUACCAAACUCCCAAAAGCCCCAUCUGGUACAUCCACUUUUGUUAGCUGCUUGGCAUUAUUCCUCAGAGCGGCCUUCAGUGUCUUUGUUGACACCCCGGUCAUUCAUACCACUCCAACACCCCUCACUCCCACCCCCCGUUACCCGGCCACUAACUUUUUCUCCCCUCCAGGACCCACCGAAUCACCAUCACAAACUUCUGCCUGGGGAAGCACUUGGUGAGUGAAGAUGACCUCCUGAAGGACCAGCGUGGGAGCCCCGCUUACAUCAGCCCUGACGUCCUCAGUGGUAGGCAGCAGCAUCCCAUGGCAGCCCCCAGACCUUUCACCCAAAAGGGCCUCCUCCCUGCUUUGCAUGCAUGACAUCACAGGCAUGUGACGUGGCACUGAGCCCCUCCAAUCUUGGGCCCAAGACGGGAACAUGAGACCACCCCACAGGCUGGUUGCUUAGCGCCUCUCCUUUGUCUUCCUCUUCCUCCUCCUCCUGGAUGGGCCCUGCUAACUCUCCAGGGCUGUCUCUCUCUGUUUGCAGGCCGGCCGUAUCGUGGGAAGCCCAGCGACAUGUGGGCCCUGGGUGUGGUCCUCUUCACCAUGCUGUACGGGCAGUUCCCCUUCUACGACAGCAUCCCCCAGGAGCUCUUCCGCAAGAUCAAGGCUGCUGAAUACACCAUCCCUGAGUAAGUAGGGGUCGGGGGCAUGCCUGGCCACGGGGUUCUGGGCCUUGGUGUCUCUGGUUUGGUAGCUCCACUGCCCCUCACUCUUGCUCUUUCCUAACAGAGAUGGGCGGGUGUCGGAAAACACUGUGUGCUUGAUCCGAAAGCUGCUCGUCUUGGACCCUCAGCAGCGCCUGACCGCCUCCGAAGUGCUCGACUCCCUCAGUUCCAUCAUUGCUUCCUGGUGAGUGUGUGGUGGAAGGGGAUAAAAUCCUUCAAAGAGCCCUGCGGAUGGAUCAAGCCAAAGGCCCAUCUCACCCCUCCAGCCCAAAGCUGGCCUGUGGUAAAGGAGUGAGCUUUGUUGGGAAGGCUGGGUGGAGGAGUCUUUUGUAAAUGCUUUGAACAUUGGCCAAAAGACACAGGAAGUGUUGUCUCAACUUCUUGGGAAGGAACACCCUGGGCCAUGUCUCUUGUUUCUUAAUGGUGGGUGCGGCAUAAUUUCACCCUCCUCCUCACCUUGCUCCCUUUGCUAAAAGAGCAUCUUCUUGAGCUAAGUUUUAUACCCUGCUACCAAGACCCAAGUACUGAAUCAAGCACGAGAAGCCACCUUUACUUACUUCUCAACUAAAUGGAAGCACCCCAUUUGUGUCCUUCAGUGUCCAGCCCAGGGAAAGGCUUGCCUUUCUUGACAGUGGGCACUGUGGAAGACCUCUUACAGUUCUGACUACCAGGUCUUUAAAAAGAUAUUGUAGAGCUGUCAAAGGACAGUCAAAAGGAUCCUGGGGAUGGAACAACUGCCUGCAGCAUGUGAUGAACAAGUGCCUACAGCACUUGACCCUUCGGUCCACUGAUAAAGAAGCAUCCAUAAUAACCUUUGCACCAUGUUGCCCCCAUCCCACCCCGGUCCUGUGCUGCUGCUUCACAUGCUGAGAAAUGGUGAGGUGGGUGGGUGGGCAAGGCUCCUGGGUGCAGUGUGUGAGGGUUGCCGUCUUCCAACUGGGGGCUUAGGCCACCUCUGAGGUUGGCACAAAUGUGCCGCCUCCUGACCCACCAGCCUGUCUCUCCUGCAGGCAGUCCAUGUCCCUGCUGAGUGGGCCCUUGCAAGUGGUGCCUGACAUAGACGACCAGGUGGCCAGUCCAGAAGGCGCACACGAGGUAAGUCCUGCCUGCUGAGCGGGACCACUUGCCCUUGAGGGAGGCGGGCUCUGCGGCCUGAUUGGAUGGUGUGUCUUGCUUGAUUUGCAUAUUUUCUGCAAGCUGUGCGGAGGGUCAAAGGAGCUCCGCUCCAUUCUGAAGCCCCAUUCUCAGGUGGCUUGAUCCCAGAUUUUGCUUCCAGAGCCACAUGGGAACUCUUUGGUGUGCAUGUGUGUGUGUGUCUUUCAGACAGAAGCUGUGAGGACAUUUAGUGUGAUCUGUUUUUUAGUCAGAAAUGAAACAAGCAGGGCAGAGCAGGUACCCAGCAGCAUCUGUCUCUGCUGGCCUUGGGGGCUUUUUCCAUCAGUUGGUUCCCAGCUGAUGAGGAGUGAUGGCUGGGGAAAACGAAUGUCUUGCUGAGAAAGUUCUCUGAGAUAGCAACACAUUUUUAAACCCAAUUGCAAUUUUAAUGCAGAUUCUUAAGUAUUAUUAAAUGCUACUGGGGAUCUGAAGUCAACCACCUCUGCCUGUCCAUGAAAUUCAGCUGGUCUCUUGGCCUCCUCUUUUUCUCUCUCUUCACCUGCAGGUGGCCCCUUCCCUUCUUAGCUGACUCCACCUGCCUUUCCUCCAGGCCCCUCCUGCUUUCCCUUUGGCAGUUGGACUGUUUGAGGACAUUCCUGCCAAAUAUUAAGAGCCCCCAGGUUGUGUUCAAGUGCUGCAAAUCUGGCGGCUCCUUGCAGCAGAGACCUUUGUCGCCUCUCAGAGCUUGCUUUCAAGUCAUAUGCCCACUGCUCUGAACGAAUCUGGGAUUCCCAGGUGCUUGAACAUGGAGGGGUGGGAAGCGACUUGUCAAUGCAGAAAACGAGCCUGGCAGGCUUCCUGGUGUGUGCAGUGGAGCAGUGAGCUUGUGUACAAAUGCUGGGGGGAAGGGGGGGAUGCUGUUGCAAGCAGGUCUGGCCCCUACCUUCCCGGUGGUUUCUAACAGGGCUGCUUCUCCUUGCAGGCGAAGGUGACGGAGGAGUGUUCGCAGUACGAGUUUGAGAACUACAUGAGGCAGCAGCUGCUGCUGGCCGAGGAGAAGAACACGCUCCACGAGGCCAAGAGUUUCCUCCAAAAGCGGCAGUUUGGGAACAUCCCUCCAGUGCGGCGCCUGGGCCACGAUGCCCAGCCAAUGAACCCCUUGGACGCGGCCAUCCUUGCACAGCGCUACCUUCGGAAGUAGCUCCUCCCACCCCACCGUGGGUCUCUUGCCCCCGACGGGGCAUGCGACAGCGACAGCCAGGUCCCAGGAUCCCUCACAAUGUAGCAGUCUUUCCCUGUGUGCUGAGUGCUCAGUGGGCCUCGCCUGCUGGGCUUUGCCCCCCGACCCCGGAGGGGGCAGCAGGGGAAAGACCCCAACUGUCUGGGGAAAUGGCUGGCGGAUUUUAACUCCACACCUAGACAGCUAAUCUGCUUUUAAUCAUGACUCUGAAAUCUACCUCUCUGCCUCUUUUUAACCACACUGUUCUCUGGACUGAAACGAGGAGCGUUUUUUGGCAAUGUUUGCCCCCGCAGGCUUCUUUUCUGACGCAGACGUUGGACUGCUGCGGAGACCACGUGGGCCGUGCUUCGCUCUGUCUGGUUUGAAUAAGCUUAAUCAUUUCCCCCUCCUUUCUUCCCUCCCCCCUGGUGGGUUUCAUGAAAGUAACUAUUUCUUAAACCCUCUCCCCCAUCCCCUUUGUUCUAUUUUUAAUUUAACACCUGGUUUGAAUAUAUUUUGUGUAAACGUUGGUUUCGGGCCCUCUGCGUGACCACAGGCUUAGCAAAUGGGUUGCCUCCACUACGAGCUUCUCUCCACGUGAGAAAGCCUCGCUCUGCAGAUUCUGACCUGGGGAAAGAGUUCCAAACCAGGGGCUGUUUAAAAAAUGUAGCUUUUCUGAGGGCCCAAACCUCCCUUUUCCAAACACUUUAAUUAUUUGGGGAUAUCCUGGGAGGGUUUUUGUUUUGUUCUGUCUUCCUUUCUUUUUUAAAUGGUAGCUUUUGAAAGGUGCAGUAACGUUGCAUUAAUUCUGUUGACAUUUCUCCCUGCCUCCUCCUCACCCACACUGGUACGGCUGAAGGGAUAAAUCUGUGAAAAAUGUGAAAAGGGUUUGCUUGCUUCGUUUUUGUUUUGUCCCCUAUCCGCCCCGCCCCCCAGGCUGUCUCAGGUUCAGAAAUGCCUGCUGGUCUCCACUCCUUUAUGUGCUCUUUGCUUUGUCUUGCCAUUGCCAUCUUGUCACAGACAAUUCCCCCACCAUGACAUUUAUUAUUAUUUUUUGCGGGGGUGGGCAGGAGUGUUCCCCUGAUGCUGUGCAAACAGCAGGUCUUGCUGGGACUGGGCUGGAUCAUUUCUGAGCCUCGUUUGUUGGAACUGGAUGCCUCUCUUGCCAGAUAAGCUGUUCUCAAGCAACCCUCCCUAAGCUGUGCUGCCCCAUUUCCACUCCCUUCCCAUUUCCGGUCAGCCUUCAUCACCCUUUCAAAAAUUGUCUCAAAAAUGUGAGGUGUCCCCUCCCCACCCACCCUGUUGAACCAUUGGAUGCCAGCAGAAGCAGCAUUGCAGUAUCCAGGAAGCGACACUGACCUGAAGGAAGUUGGCUUAAGACCUCUGCAGUCUGGCUGGAGUGGGGCUGUUGGAUGGCCCUGAGAUGAAUGAACCAGCCGAGGACAACGGCCUCCCUUAGCAUGAAUGUGUUUGCAUGGUGCAAAGAGGAGGACUAGCGAAGGUUGUAGAUCCUGAAAUCUGACUUCAGCACAAGGAAUUCUUUUCUACUGACAAGAACUGCAAAAGAAUUCUGCAAAUCUGUUUAAAAAGAGAAAAGAAGAAAACCAACCACGUUAAAACUUCCUUGCAGAACCUCUGUGCCUGAUCUACACUCCCCUCCCCUCUGUGGGGCAGACUCUGCUUUGGUUGUUCUCUGGCUUUCUCAUCGUUGCUAAGUUGGGAAACAGGGAUGGAGUUAGGGAAACCCAGGAACAGUUUAUUUUGCUCUCUCGCUAGGGAUGGACGGUAACCAACCCCUCAAAGGUCACCAGCCCCCCAUGCAGUCUCACCAAGAAACACAGCAUAAACCUGUCUAUAAGGCAUUAGCUCUGUGGAUCAAGCCAAAACUGGAUUGGUGAAUGCUAACAAGCUUAAUGGCACCCCUUGUUGGCCCAGGUGGGGGCAGUAAAUUUGGGCUCCCAUGUCACAGCCCCUUCUGUGGGCCAAACCUCUCCAGGUGAGCCAGUUGCUGUACACCCCUGGAUCUUGUGUCCCGGGGCCCAGCCUCCCUGGUGGUUUUUGGGACUGUUGCUUGCAGCACCAUCAUAGCCCACAAGAUGGAGGAAUCCCUCAGUCGGGGGGUAAGAUAUUUCCCCAACUCCAAAAAACUGAGUUGCCCAUCUUGUCAUCUGGAAGCACACGCGAGGUGUCCUGCUUGAGCGGGGCCUGCUCAUCUCCAAAACGAACUAUUCUGCUGAAGACAGACCCUUAGCAGUUCCCCUCAGUCCUACCUACAGCUUUCUAUGGGGCUGCAGUCCCAGCUGACAUGUUUUCUUAACAGUAUUGGAAGGUGGGAGGAGAAGUGUAGGAUGACAGGCGAGGUGUGGGCCAGCUUUCACGACAACUUUCUAGUCCACUUCCCAAGCAGGCGGUUUCUGUGGGCUUCUCCUCUGCCUGGAAUAUUUCCUGUGUCAGUAGCAAUAGAAGCCCCCUGGGCAGGGCCGGCUCUUCCUUCCCCUCUCAGAAUUCAGGCAGGGCAGACUCUGCUCCCUCUGCUUCCUUUCUUUCUCUCAUCUCCCCUUCACCAGUACUGACCAUCUUCCCCAGCAGAGCUGGCUGUGUGUUUUGCAUUGGGACUCUCUCCAUCCUCAAAAAAAACAUAGCAAUACUCGACAGGCUGUCAAGCUGUGUGCUCCGCCCAACUCUGGACAUGGUGAUGAAAAGCAAACUGAAAGGAAAUGGGGAGUGAGGGUGUGUGGAAAUUGGGGUGAGCUGUCUGGGUUGUGUUUUUGUGGAUUACAAGCCGGGUGAGACACCAGAGACAAAAGAUCCUAUUGUAAAAAAAUUGCAAAGAUAAUUUGUAUAGAGACCUAUUUUUGUAUUACAUCCAACUAUUCCUGCAUGUCAGCAAUAAAAUUUCAUAAUGUAGAACUAAAUCUGUAUUGUGUUGGAAGGUGCUGGCGACUUUUGUCUGGACCCAAGCUGUGUGUGUGUGUGUGUGAGUGAGUGAGAGAGAGAGAGAGAGAGAGAGAGAGAGAGAGAAGCGUGUGAAAACAGAAUUCUGUUUCAAGAGAAUUAUUUUGCUAGCUUUUAAACAUUUUUACAGAAACUGCUAGUUCUCAUGCGUUUGAAGAUGUGCUUGGAAUGAGGUAGGCAAUAUCUGCAGAAAUCUUGGAAGCUGGAGGCAAGGAAGGCUGCAUGUGAGACCACAGGUUAGAACGAAUUGCACAUGGGGAGGUUGAGCACAUGGGAUCACUUUGUGUAACUUAUGCAAGGCCUGCAGUUUGGGUGCAAAAUCUGAGUUGUCCAAGGAGACAGAAUAUAAUGUGUCUCAAAUAAUAAAGCCUUGCAGUGAGUCAAAGCGAAGGGCUUCUCCCCGCUGCCUGAGGAGCAUCCCUUGAGUUGUUUGUGCAACUCAUUUUUCAAACACCAAUGUUCUACACCUGUGUUAUCACCGGCAGUCAAGUAUGUCCUUUCUGCCCUGGUGGUAUGGGUGCUUGUGGUAGUUAAAACUCUUCUACUUAGGAAUGUGUUGAGCUCCAGCUGGGAGAGAAUUCCACUGGUCUGUCUUAUCUAACACACUCAAAAUUCCUCUGAAGCACCACUUCACCAUUGAGGAAGCGAAACCCAAGAGGGCACAAGCUGGUACUCAACUUGGGAAGGGGAAGACACUCUCAGAUCUCUCCCUUGCCACCCGCUUCUGACUCUAUCUGCACACAGACAUUUAGGCAGCCCUACGGUGAAACGGCGUUUCCGUGCGCUGCUCUGGUUUCGCCAGAAGCGGCUUGGGCAUGCUGGCCACAUGGCCCAGAAGCUGUCUGCGGACAAACGCCGGCUCCCUCGGACUAUAGAGCGAGAUGAGCGCCGCAACCCCAGUGUCAUUCGUGACUGAACCUAAAGGUCAGGGGUACCUUUACCUUCACGGUGAAAAAUGGCCUGGCAAAGAAAAUCCAGGAACCUUCACAGCAGGGCUGAAGGGAAAGUGAGCUAGAGUUUCUAGUCCAACAAGGCACCGUUAACCCACCUCUGCCUCGGUAACACUGUGGUUGGCCCACAUUGCAGCGAGCUCGUGAGGCGGGACAUCUCCUGCACCAGCCCUGUGAGGUAGGCUAGCCCCAAAGGAUGACUAGUUCAGGGAGUGCUCUGGCUCAGGGAGGUGGGUAGAUUUGAAAUUGACCCCAGUCUAAAACCAACAGCAUGCUGCUGACACCCCUAUGCUAGGCUGGAUGCUCCCUCUUUUGCACGCAGCUGCCACGUAGAAUCAGUCUGACUGUUACUUUGUUCCUCUCACCUGGUGUCACCUGCUUCAGGGUACAGUGGAUGCUCGGGUUGCGAACAUGAUCCAUACAGGAUGCACAUUCGCAACCCGCAGCAUUCACAACCCAUGUCUGUGCACCCGUGGGUUGCGAUUCCGCGCUUCUGCGCAUGCGCAAAGCACGAUUUAGCACUUCUGCACAUGCGCGAAUGCUGAAACCUUUAAGUAACCUGUUCCGGUACUUCCAGGUUUCGGCGGUCCUCAACCCAAAAAAACACAACCUGAAGUGGCUGUAACCUGAUGUAUGACUGUAUUGGGCGCAUCUCUACCACCUGGUAUAGCCCCCCCCCCCCCCGUGCUUGAACUUGGGGUUUCCAGCCAAUCAGGUGCAGGCCCUCUCUAUGUUCUCUGGGCCCCGGAGGAUCCUCUGCAGUGAUCUGGUACAAAGGGGCACUGCUGAGGUGUACCCUGCAAGUGAUGGUGAUUUUGAGGCCUGCUGCCAGGGCUAGGUCAGUUGCCGAAGCCCAGCCCAAGCCCCCCCCCCCGGUCACUGCUGGUAUGGCAAGAAUUUAGUUAGGUGAUGUGAUAGAAGAUUAUAAAAUGUGUGGCAUGGAGGAAGUGGAUAGGGGAAAGUUUCUCUCCCUCUCCCAUAACACAUUCGAAGCCAAAAGCUGUGGAGGAUUCAGGACAGAUAAAAGAAUCUUUAUGCAGCACAUAGGUAAACUGUGGAACUCUCUCCCACAGGAGGAAGGGAUGACCACUGACCUGGAUAGCUUUAAAAGAGGAUUGGACAACCUCACGGAGGAGAAGGCUACUAGCCAAGAUGGCUACGCUCUGUCUCCACCGUCAGAGGCAGCAAUGCUUCUGAAUACCAGUUGCUGGAAACCACAGGAGGGAAGAAUACUCUUGUGCUUGGGUCCUGCUUGCAGAUUUACCACAGGCAUCGGGUUGACCACUGGGAGAAGAGGGAUGCUGGACUAGAUGGGCCACUGGCCUGAUCCAGCAGGCUCUUCUUGCAUUGGGUGCUGCAACAAGGGCCUGAAGAGAAGUCAGUGGAAGGACUGGGGCUCCCAGUGUGGCACCUUCACUUGCUCCCCUGAAAGGGAUAUGAGGGCAAGCAAGGGCCUCAGGCUGGACUCUUCCACUGCUGAGUUAAUGCCUGGCCCUCUUUUUGGCACAAGAGGGCGCCUGAGGGUUGGGCGCUGGAUGCAGCCCUGACUGGGCCUCAGUCCCUCCUGGAAGCUCCACCCUUUGCAACUGCAGCAGCAGCCUUCCCUUCCUGCAAAGGAAGAUUUGGGGUGGGAAAGUCUCUGCCAGCGCUUUCCCCCCAACUCCCCAGUACAAGACCUGGAAGGAGAAAGGACCUUUUCUAUUGGAGCUUCCCAUCUUGUUUGAGCAGCUUCCCUGAGGGUCUCUUGCACCCCCACCCCAAAACAAUGAGAGAUGGAGGGCUGUGUACCCAACAGGUUGGCCCCAAACUUGUUUUGGGGUUGGCAAACUGCUUGUGCAACUUUGUGCCAAACUGAGGAAUUGGGGACCUAUUUUAGCAUAAUUGGAAAUCCCUUUGUACAGUGAAGGUGAUUGAGAUGGAGCCAGCCCACAAGGGGUGGCUGGGGAGAGCUCUUCAGAGGUUGGGGUUAGCCCUUGAGGACGCAGCAUUUCCCCUUCCUCACCACUUGCCAUUGCUUCCCAGUGCCAGUGUCCACCAUCCUCUCCCAAGUGCAUGCUUUUCUCUCACAGCUCAAUAAGCGCAGCCCCACUCUCCUGCCCCCUGGAUUUGGAGGACAUGGCAUCUAGGCAAGGAGGCAGGGUUAAGUUCCAGCCCCAUUUCCCUGUGGGACUGGGUGGACAGAAAUGGACUGUGCUACUGGCACAGCUGCUCUUUGAGGUAAUAGAAGUGGACUAAGGAGCACCCUCUAAACCCUGGUUGGACUAAUGCCUACAAAUUCUUCUCCCUCGACCCAAGUAGAAGUUGCACGUGAUUGAACACAUAAGAGUCUUGUGGAGGAAACAGCCUCAGAAAGAGAGAGCAGCAGCAGCAGGAGGAUACCCGUGAGAAGGGAAGGGAAUGGCCAGAUCUAGUAAUUUGGGUUAAAUUUGUUGGGAGAGCAGCAGCUUAUAAAUGAGGUAGGGGAGGGGACUGGAUUUAUGGGUGGGGGUCUCUGCAACACUUGGGCAGGACCUGCAAAUGGCUGAGAAGCAGAAAGAAUGAGAGGAGAGAAUUUUCAGCCCAUAGCAUGUCUUCUGGGAGUCACCUGCCAGUGGUGGACAGAGCCAGAGGCAAGAGUGGGCGGAGCAGCAGAGGUGACACCUACUUUCUGCAUUCUAGCCACACACCCACACCUCUCCCUCUAUCCAAGCAAGCAGGAGGCAUGAUCACACAGUUCGUAGACACGUUCUAGCCAGGCAAAAGCAGUUGAGGAGGGUGCUGAGCCAGGCAGAUGAGGGCUGUGGCCUUGGGGAGAAGGAGUGUGCCCUGCAAAAGACUCCCAGCCACAUUCAGACCCAGGUUUGAGGUUCUCCACCCCUGAUAACACAGAGUCAGCUGGUCUAAAGGGGUCCCCCAUUUCGAGUCAUUCCCUGGCACAGAUCCACCCUUAAACUCCACAGGACACACAGGGGCUGUUUGCAGGCCUGCCCAUGAACACCAGAGCAGGAGAUAUGGGAAUGUGUGAAAGCCAUGCUGUCUCUGGAUUUACACCUUCAAGAGCUGGAUCCUUGUAACCAAAGGGAGCUGUAGUUUGUGCCCAUGAAGGACUUGUUGUUCUGUCCUGGUAGGGAUUGUGUCUCUUGUUCUCCCGCCUCUCAGCCUAUUCUAUUUCUUAAGGUUAAACCAACAGACUCCUCAAAUCUGCAUAUCUUUAAAUAAAUUAACAUGCCAACUAUUCCAGCUGGAAUAUUUAAUCCUCCUUCCCUCCCAUCCACAUGGAAUUUCAAUACACAUUAUUGUUGUUGUGUACUCCAGUGGCCAUUUUUGUUUAAGGGACGGCACCUGCUUUCCCUUGCUUGUUAUACCUGAAGCAGGUUAGCCAUCAAAAUAAUCCAGCCAUCCCUGCUCUCGCUCCCUCUGUGUGGGUGGAAGGGGGGGAGCUCUGACCCGCCAGCCCCCUCUCAACCACUUCCUGUUGCUCAGCAGCGUUAAUGGAAAACAGACCCCAUCUUUGCCUCUCUGACUCUUUUCAUUCCCAAGCAAGAGGACGGAGCAGGGGGGUCCUUCCGUGGCAGAGGGGCUCCAUCUUUCCCUCCUGGCACCCCUGGUGCUCCCGCGUCCCUCUUCUCCGUGUGCCCGGUGAGUAUGCCAUGGCGAGCAGCCUUCCCCCACCCCACCCCCAUCCCCUGUGUCUUCCCACCCAGGGAUCCAGGCGACACAGUUCUUUGCUCACUGGAGAAAGAGGAACGGCUUCUGCGUCUGGCUUGGAAGCCACUUAGCUUGAGGUUCUCCACCAUGUUUCACAAGGAAGGUAGCGGAGAAAUCUCCCCCCACCCCGAUUCUGCUCUCUGUGUGUGUGUGUGUUCAUGUGUUUGCUUGUAUGUAGGGAGAGGAACCGAUCUGGGCCUGUUAGCUCAGUGCAAGCAUGCUCAAAUUUGCAUCUUGGGAACAGACUUGAGUUCUCUCAGAUGCUAGAAUUCAGCCGGAGAACAAGCUAGCCACCUUCCUCCUCUCCGGUCCUACUUAACUUCUGCAACCCUUCUAACCCUUGGAAUUAGGAGCCAUUGUUUUCAAAUGUGUAGCAGUUGACUGUAGUUACUCAGCAAUGUCCCUCCGCAUGUGUUCAGUGAUGCCAUAGCUAUUUCACAGAACCAUAGAGUUGGAAGAGACCUUGAAGCUGGUCCACUUGAAACCCCUGCUCAGCCCAAAGAUGCCCAUUGCUUCUGCAUCCCAUCCAACCUCUGCUUAAAACCUCUAACAAAGGAGAGUCCACCACCUUCUGAAGCAGCCUGUUCCAAAUAGCUCACACCAUCAGGAAGUUCUUUCUAAUAAGGCAAAAUCCUUUUUCAUGUGAUUUGAAUCUGUUGUUUCAGGAGCCCUACAAAUUUGCCCCAUCUCUGUGACAGCCCUUCAGAUAUUUGAAAGUAGUCGUCAUUGUAUCUUGUUCAGGCUAAAUAUACUCAGCUGCUUCAACCUAAAGACCUAGGAAGAAAGGGGUCCUCUUGUUAGUUUGCUUGCUUGCUUGCCCACCCCAACCCCAACCUCUGGACACAUUCCAAUGUGUCAAUAUCCUUUUUAAGCUCCAGUGCCCAGAAGUUAACACUGUUCUCCAUAUGAGGCCUGGUCACAGCAGAAUGGAGCAGCACCAUUCCUUGUGAUCUGGAUGCUAUCAUGUUGAUGCAACCUAGAAUUUCACUAGCCUUUGUAGACACCCCAUCCCACUGCUGACUCCACAGUGGGGCUGCUGACUCCAUGUGUCCCAGCGCUGAAUGCUAGACUCUGUGUCAGCAUCUAGCAUCCUUGGGCAGCUUCCAGAAUUGCAGUACUUUGGCAUGGUCCACUGCUGAUGCCUGCCCUGGACCUCCCAUAAUUUUGAUGGGGUGGGGGAGCACUCUGAGCACAGCAAUAGGGUCUAUCCAGCUUUUAUAUUUCCCAACAAUGCCCCUGGCCUAAUGUUGCUUUGGGGUACUAUGUGAAAUUUUAAAAGUACAUAGAUUUUACUACCCAGCACACAGCUAAGCCCAUCAGAGGACAUUGUUGCCCAAGGCAAACCUGAAGCUGGCUCUGAUGAAGGCCUUGAGAAGGGGCUCCAGGUCCAAAUCCACCCCCUUCUUCCACCUUGCACCGCCUUUAAAGCCUGCUAGGAUCAAAGAGAUGAGAUAAAGUCCACAGGGCGCUAGGCUUCUUCAAAGCUCAGUGUUGCUUCCUGGGUUUGGGCCAUGAAAGCUUUCUCCUGCCAUCUUGGCAGCACAUGGCUCAGCAAUGAGGACUGGAGCAUGAUGGCAAUGCCCAGUCCUGUUAGCACAUUCCCAGCAGGCCCAGGACAUUCUUGUUCAUGGCUCUGGCUGGGGCCAAAUGGACGUAGCUUCCCAGGUUGGGUGCUCUUCAGCAGUUGCAAUAAUGCAUAUAUAGAGUGCUGCAGACUCCCCUAAGCAGUCAGGAGCCAGCUGAGAAUACUGCAGAGACGAAAGCAUGAGCCAAGGGCACCCCAGGAAGACUGUCAGCUGGUGGCCUUAUUGCAAGCGCACACCCUUUGUCUUGGGACUCCAUUUCUCUUUCCACUUGUAACUAAUUCCUCCUCCAGCCUGCCAGCUGACUACGAAGAUGCAGGACUUCCUUGCUCUUGUGCCUCCAACAGCACUGAGACCACUUGUGCUUUCACCUGCUAAAGUCUGCAGCCCAAUGCGCUGUUACAAAGGCACAGUUACACUUUGCAACUGAACAGUUGGCACCCUGAGUCACCCCCUCCACUGCUCUCUCCCUGCACUUCAAGCCUCUUGACUUUGCUUUAAUCAUUAACCAGAUGUUUGAGCUGUGCGGAGACCAGGGAAUGGGAGGGGGGCCCCGCUGGGUGGUGGGAGCUUAUAGGAACUGAGCUGCUGCAUUGAAGGGAGGAGGGGAAGAUUGUGGAAGAGGUUGCAAGGGUCAAUCUAGGGCCACUUCACAUUAUUUUAGUGGCCCUAGUCUGGACUCAUAAUGUGCCUAUGGCAGGUUCCUCUCAAGGCUGGCAGCUUCAACCUCAUCACCUCUCUUUGUGAUAGUGAAGUGUCAACUCUCACUCAAGCCUGGCCACUUCAUUGACUUGCCUCUCCCCGCCCCCCCCCAGACUAGCCAAAGAGCCCUUUGUCGGACAGAUACAGCCGGACAUAUCAGUACAGAUUGGGAGAAGCCACUGAAUUGGCUGAGGGAACAGCUCCACUCCUUGAGGCAGUGACUGCCCCCCCCACCACCACCAUCACAAACAAGAGAGGGGCCCCAGCACCCCCCAUUUCCUGUGGCUGAAUACUUGGCAUCCCUCCUCCUGCUCCUUGCCAGAAGCCCCCCCACCCCACCGAAGGGGGUCUGUGUUUUCUAUUGCUGGCCUGGCUUGACUCAUCUCUGCUGAUGUGUCACAUUUUUUGGAUUUUUCUCUUCAUCCUCCAUCCAUCCGGAUAUUUCUGGGAAAAACAGGAUCUGGCUGCCCCUGUGUCCGCUGCCCCACUUGGGCUAAACUCAGCAGCCAUCGCUCUCAGUCCCAGGAAAACUCCAGCUGCCAAGCUUGCUGCAGCCAAGGAGACGGGACAGCUGCUUUUGAGCUCAGUGUUGUGAAGCAGAGAAAGAGAGAGGAUGCUAGAGGAGGCCUGAUCCUUCCCAGCCCCAUUGCCACUGCUGGGGUUCUGAGGUUAGUGACUAAAAGGCUGAGGGACUUAAAGGCUGGAGUGCCCAGAGGUAUGAGAGCACUUUGGUGUGCCAGGAAAACAUGUGUGCCAAAUCUGAACCAAUGGCGGAGGGGAGGAGUCACUAUAUAUUUCUGGAGCAGAUAGCCGGAUCCUUUUCCUUAUCAGGCUGACCAGUAUUUCUAAUGUAUUUGGGGAGGUGGGGGUGGGCAGCCUCCCACAUUCUUGGAAGGGUUCCUGCACUGAAAGUUUGGUUGUCUGAAUGCAGUGUUUCUCCCUAAGACAGGACACCUGGCGUUUGUCUUUUUGAUAACAGGGUUUGCAAAACCUGCUGGAACUGGAUGCUGUAUUUGUGGCCUGUUUUGACAUUUUGGGGGAGAAGGCUUGGCAACAGGAGGAGAGGCUAUUUUGACGCGCACCAAAAAAACCUCCCUUGCAGGGUGUGCCAACCAGUGUGGCCUCCUGGGACCAGUGCCUUGGCUGCAGUGUUUGUUUUCUCUCCUGUGGGGCUGAGUUAAACUUAACCGGCCACAUCUAAUGAGCACCCCUCCCAUUGGAGGCAUGCUGCCAGGGUGCCGUUUUGGGAGCUUAAUCCGAGAACCACUUAGCUUGGAGAAACAGGAACAGAGUGUCUCUGAGCCAUGUGCAGAGAGAGACUUUCCCCUCUCAAACUAAGAAAUUGCUGCUCUGCUAUAGUUAAGCUUACUGACUAGUUUCCCAUCCAGAAGGAGGCAGCCUUGGGGGCCCAUCCAGCACCCCUCCUUUUUAAAACCAAGCUCUGCUGAUGAAGCCCGGGACCAAAUCUGAGAGGCCCAAAGGAGCCGUUUUCUGCCUCUGCUGGCAGGAGGGUGUUUCUCUUGCCCUGGCUGUGCAAACACACCCAGCGGGUCUUGAUGCCAACCCAAGCCCAACCUUGGAGGCCUCCCUGGUGCAGAGAGAGAGGGUCCUUUGUGUGGACCUCUUUUGAUCCUGACUUCCUCCCGUGGACUCUGGGCCCCUUCGACCAUCACGGCAGGCGGGCGGGCACAGGAACAGCUCCUUUUGCAAAUGAUUUUGCAGUCCAUUGGCCCUUGCAAGCCUCUCCUCCUUGCUGCCUGGCCCUCUGCUGCCUGGGGGCUGCUCCUCCCGGAACGCAGAGAAACAGGAGGCCUUCUCUUCUCCUCCCUCUGUGUGUCCCUGGGUGUGUGUGUGUCCGUCCGUGUGUCCAGCCCAGGCUUCCUGCUUCAGGGGAGGGGGCGGGUUCACUGUCCAAAGGGAUCCAGGCCGGUCCUGACAUUUGUGCGCUUCCAGCUGCACGGAAGUGAGCGGCAGUUUCCAUUAGCCGCUCAGUCCAGAGGCCAGUCUGCUGCUGCUCUGUAAGAUCCCGCUCAAGCGGGGGGGGGGCUCCCUUUCUCCCCUCCUUCUCAGAGGCUCCUUUCUUCUGACAGGGACUGCAAUGGAGGCAGAGCAGCAGCCUUGAAUUCGGACGGACCCUGCGCUCGGUAAGCCUGGCACCCUUUCUCACUGUUGGUCUGAUAGCUGGAUUCUGUGGCUGCUAUUUGCAUGAGCUGCUUUGUAACGGUCCCAUUCAAAUCUGCUUUGAAGAUAGCAAACUUUUCAGAAAGGAGAGCUGGAAGUUGCCCAUCCACAUCUACGCACUUGGAUAGCAGGCCAAGCACAGGGCACAGGUUACUUUACCCACAAACUUCCCUGCCAGUGUGAGAUGUACUCUAUUUCCAUCGAAAGCACAGUAAAUACUUGCAAGCUUUUGUGAAUUAGUGCAUCCAAAUUUUGUGCAAUUGCAUCCUCUUUGCCCCUCUUUUGGUGUUGCAUCUGAUCCUUUUCGGGUGAUGCCUGAGUGGGGAUCUUGUCCCUGUGCCAUUUGGGAAGGAUGGGCUGACAGAAGGAGCUUUGUGGAAGGAGCUUCUCAGUGGAAAUAGUGGGUGAACAAGCCUUGGGAUUCCAGUCCAAUUCUACUCCGGCAACUGUUCCUUUAGAAGAAGUCAUGCUUGUUCCUAGAAUCAAAGAAUUGUAGAGUUGGAAGGGACUCUAAAGAGUCAUCUAGUCCAACCCCUUGCAAUGCGGGAAUCACAGCUAAAGAAUCUCUGGCAGAUGGCCAUCCAACCUCUGCUUUAAAACUUCCAGUGAAGGAGAGUCCCCACCUCUAGGGACAGCCCUGUUGGCUCCAUCUCUGGCCUCUUCCUCGCAUCCUUUACUGUAGUGGCAUGAAUAACCUACUCAGGUGUAGCUCCUGAACCUUCAUGGCUCACUUUCACCAAUGGAUGGGGUAACUGCUCUUAAUUUCACAAAGCAGACCUGGCUAGUUAUCACCUCUGCCCUUGGAGGGUCCUCUCUUAUCCCAAAUUGGGGGAGGGGGCUUGCUGUGGAUGCAAGAGCACUCUGCCCAUGCUCAGAGACAGAAUUUAUUAUUAAAUUCUAAGCUGAGUCUUGCCAAUGACUUGUACCUCCAGUCAAGUCCCCCAGUGACAUCUUAAUAUCCUGUUGUUACUGGGUGAGAUCAGUUUCUACAUCUUUAACGCUCUGUGGAAAAUCCCAUUUCACGGAGCCUUUCCCAGUCCCUACUAACAUUAUGUCUUCAGCUAAAGCUGCAGUUCACCGUAACAUAUUCACAAAGUCUCCCCCCAUUCCCCAAAAACACCCAAACUCCUCUUCCCUUUUAAAAAAUUUGAUGUUAUAUAGAACCUAUAAACAGCCCGAGGGUUGAAAUUGAAAAAUUAACUUUCUAGAUUUGCUCUCCCUCACCCCUCCCCCAAAUUACAAGCAAUGUUUCCUCAAUGUGAGGGAUGCACUCUGUGCAUGCUUUUGGUUAUUCUUGCCUUUGUUAUUAGCUAGCACAUUCCCAGAGAUGCGCUUAAAGCAACACUGAGCACCGGGACUGUGCCUGAAGCUGCGUCUGUGUCUGGCUUCUGCUGGUUCCCCCCUCCCCGCCCUCUCCCUCUCUCCCUCCCCUGCAUUCCUGCACUCUUGGCUUCUUGCUGCAACAGGCCAGGCAUCAUUGGGCAAUUUGGUCAGCACAGGAGAGACUCCAACCAAGCCAAGCCAGUUUCCAUUUUAAUUUCAGGCUCAACUGGAGGAGGAACUGCGUGGUCCCUCUUUGAAAUUCAUUCACCCUGCAAAGAAAAAAAACCAAAAAGAAAAAAAAACGCAUCUAUGAGAGUUCCCCAGAAAGUACCAGUGGGGGCGGGAGAGAAUCUGAGGCACCUUCUAAAUAGGACAAAGCUGGGUUUUGUUGGUGAGAUUGGCUUCAUAACAUAAAUCUCUAUUUUUUAAAUUAUUCCGUUAUCUCAAAUUAUUUUGAUCAGAUUAUGGAAGCAUUUAUCUCUAUGCUUAUUAGCUAAAACAGAUGAAAAACAGGUCAUGGGGGGACCCCUUUCCUACCCAAUAUGUGUGUGUUGCACUCCAGUUAGUGAUCGAUGGCACAAGUCUGUUUUUCUGCAUUUUUUGGGUUUUUUUAAGGGUUUCAUCCUCUGUGCCCAAAUAUCUCAUUUUCAUUUCCGAGUUUUACAAAUAUUUUUGCAAGUGGUUUUUAGACUCCCUUUCCCAUUCCAUCCCUGCUGUACUGCCAUGGGGUUGGUCAAGGGGUGUGUGCGUAAUUUCCAACAUCACAGACAAAUGAGAAGAGGCAGUUCUUACCUUUGAUGAAAGUUAGCAGCAACACCCCUUGUUCCCUCCCUUACAACUUUGUUGUUAUCCCCGACUUAUGUGGAAAUACUGCUUAGCCAGCCUGGUAGGAGCUGAACAGACCCCUGAUGCAGAACCUUCUCUGCAUUCCUUGUAGAGAUGAACAGUGGGAGGUAACAGGAGGAGGUGCUCUCCUUCCCAGCAGAAGUGACCAAACUCACACCCCAGAUCAACAAGGCAGUGGUAGUCAACAAGCUAGGUAAAGGUAAAGGGACCCCUGACCAUUAGGUCCAGUUGUGGCCGACUCUGGGGUUGUGGCGCUCAUCUCGCUUUAUUGGCCGAGGGAGCCAGCGUACAGCUUCGGGUCAUGUGGCCAGCAUGACUAAGCCGCUUCUGGCGAACCAGAGCAAUGCACGGAAACAGCGUUUCCCUUCCCACCGGAGCAGUACCUAUUUAUCUACUUGCACUUUGACGUGCUUUCGAACUGCUAGGUUGGCAGGAGCAGGGACCGAGUAACGGGAGCUCACCCCAUCGCGGGGAUUCGAACUGCCGACCUUCUGAUCAGCAAGUCCUAGGUUCUGUGGUUUAACCCACAGCGCCACCCGCGUCCCAGUCACCAAGCUAAAUGACUCUAAAAGCAGUUUAGACAAAUUCACGGAGGAGAGGGCUAUUGUGGACUAACAACCAUGAUAGCUACUAGCCACGACCAGUCAGAGGCAGCAAUGCUUCUCAAUACCAGUUGCUGGAAACCACUGGAAAAUCCUGGUUGCUGUUUCCCCUUUAGGGCAUCAGAUUGGCCACUGUGAGAACAGGAUGCUGGACUAGAUGGGCCAUGGGCCUGAUCCCGCAGGCUGGUCUUAUGUUGUUAUGUUUGGGGCCCAUAACUUUGCAUGGUUUAUCCUUAGCAUGUUCAGAAGAGGAGGUAAUUUUUUCCCAAAACCAACCCCCUCUUUCUUCUCUGGCCUGCUGCCCAGCCCAGCUGCCUGGCUCUCAUCAAAGGGUCGCUCAGAGCUUUAGGAAAUCUUGGACUCAUGAAAAGCUUGUGGGCUGAGGGGGGAGACUUCUGUUUGCAGAUGAGGCUGGCAUCUGCCUGGAUGGCUCCUGAAAAUGGGUGGCUGUGAGCUGCUCAUUGCUCAAGGGGGCAUCCAAUCCAGCAUGUUGUCCUGAAUGGGGGUGGGGUGCUUUCUAUCUAUUAUUCAGUGGAAGUGGGGGCCAGGAAUAAUUAUUUGCCCAAGGCCCUGUUUAAGGAGUCAGUGGGUAGUAAUAUUGGUGAAAAUUUGUGUUCACAUGCAGCUUGAGAAUCUUCAAAGCUUUUGACUCAGAUCUAGUUUGAACCUGAGAGUCUCAGACCCAACCUGUCCUUCUGUCCUCAAUACCUUUUUGCUCUGAUUGCAGGUUUGAUCCCCGUAUGGGACAGCCACAUAUUCCUGCAUUGCAAGGGGUUGGACUAGAUUAUACUCAGGGUUCCUUCCAGCAUCUACAAUUCUAUGACUAUCAGCUUCUUCCCUGGCCUUUGUUCUGUCCACCCUGGAGUAUGUCCUCUGGUCCCUUUGCAACAUCCUUUCAACCUGCCAGAAAUAGCCUUGACCUGGAAGACUCCUGAGUGCGGCUGUUGCUGGGUGGGGGCAGAGGAAGAGGCAACAUCCGGUCUCCAAACAACAAGCCAUCUUCCCACCACUGAGGAUGCAUCUUUUCCUGUGACAGUGGCAGGAAGUGCCCUGGGGGUGGGGGGCUUAAGGGAUGGGGGAAGAGAGGAAACAUUUGCUGGGACUCUGUUCCCAGGGUCAUGCACAAGCGUAAAUUAAACAUUGGGCCUCGGUGCAUGACAAGGCAGUGUGAAUAAUGCAUUGGGUUUGGGUAUGGAGAAACUUGGGUUCAAACCCUGUCUGGGCAUGAAACUCAAAGGCCUGGGUCAUUGAGAGGAUUAAAUGCCACAGGAAAUUCUUUGUACCCUUUGGCGCCCCUCUUUUCAGCUUGCAGAGUCACUGACAGAUGCCUCCAUCCAAGCUUGCCCGGGGUGUGGUGUGUGACGCAUGUCGGAAGAGGCCCCCUGGGAGGGAUGACUGUCACAGGACUUUGUAGCCUGAGAGGCUGUCCUGUCCAGCAACCCCAUGACUGGCCUGGGGGCCUGUGGGAAGCAAGGCAGCUGUUUUGCUAAUUAAUGGGGGGGGCAGUUGUUUGGCACAGUCAAGCCCCCAAGGUUUCUUUUAUUUGGCAAUUUAAAACUAUCUCAGCUGUUUGCCCUUUAAGCUUAAGAGUUCUGGGGCUGUGCACCCCACAGUGUGAGCAAAACCGAGAGAGAGGAGUUCUCAGGAGUGCCACAAUCAAUUUAUUAAAAGCCCGACCCAUUUUAGAGAAAUUCCUUUGUUGGAGGCAUCUUAGUAGACCUGCAACCCACAUGCAUUUAACUUGUGUGCAUUCAGCUUUAUGUGACCUGGUUCUAAGAAAUGGUUCACAGUGGGGGCAGUGUACCUUGUUUUUAUCCCACAUGUUACUGAGGUGCUCAUUUGUAGUGGUCUUUGUGUUUGACCCACAUACAGUUUCCUGCAUGCACACCAAGUGGCAUGUUCUACAUAACUGCUACUGCACAUGGAGAAAUGUUGGCUGGUAUAAACUGUUGGAUUUGUGAACAUGUAAAAUUUACUUGUAUGAUUACAGUGAAUGCAGUGUCUGCAGGGAUGGUGGCCAGAGAGCUUAGAUAUUCCCAAGAUAAUGGACUAUGGUGGAUUUUACAUUAGAGUCGCUGCGGACCAACCAGUGCUUUAAGUUCCUUGUUCUUUUGUGAUUAAAGGUUUGCUCUCUAAACAUAGAACGCUAUCUUGAGAUGCCAAUGUUUGUGAAUACGAUUCUGAAGACCAUUGGUGACACUGUCCUAUCUCAGACCACAAACAAUUCUGUCCUUGCUCCUCAGCAGGGAUAUUGAUAGAAGGUCCUCUGUGUUCUUUCUGAAGGCCCUUAGCCUGAUGUUCUCUGCAAUUCUUCAUGGACACCCUGUCAUUUAGUCCUCUUUCCAGUCGAGCUGCCUCCUGUCUGAACAAAUUGUUAGAUGAACCGUGUCUCCUAAUUCUAAGGAAUUGGGCAGGAGUAAUAUGCUAAUAACAACCCCUCCUCCCUGUCCUCCCAGGUGCCACUGA